CUUCCCAGCCCAUCUUACAUUUUCCUUCAAGUUUUCUAUGGCUGUUUCUGGUUUUGAGGGUUUUGAGAAGCGCCUGGAGCUUCAUUUCUCCGGUGAUGAUGACCCUUUGGUGCUUCACAUGGGCCUUCGGCUGCUUGAUUUUCAGUCUAUUCAACAAGUUCUUGAUGCUGUGCAAUGCAAUGUAAUUUCUGCAAUUGGAAACCAGUAUUUUGACGCCUAUGUGUUAUCAGAAUCAAGCCUUUUUGUCUACCCUACAAAGCUCAUUAUAAAGACCUGUGGCACAACCCAGCUUCUGAAAUCUGUGCCGCCAUUGAUGAGCUUUGCUCGUGAUUUAGGCCUCAGUUUAUGCGCCUGUAGGUACACCAGAGGUAGCUUCAUCUUCCCCAAAGCUCAGCCUUUUCCUCACACGAGCUUCAAAGAAGAAGUCUUUUACUUGGAACAAAAUCUCCCCGUCAAUCUUUGUUACAGAAAAGCCUCCGUUUUGCCCUCCAAAAUGGCCGCCCAUUCUUGGCAUGUCUUCGCCGCCACUACUGACCGGACUUAUGAGCUCGUUCCAGUUACAUUCACCAUGGAGAUUUGCAUGACGGAGCUCGACCGUGUCCAGGCUCGGAAAUUCUUCAGGCGAGCCAAUGACGGAAAAAACGGCGACAUGGCCGGCGGAGAAAUGACCCAACUUACAGGCAUCAACGACAUCAAUCCAAGCGCCAUUAUUUGCGAUUUCGCUUUCGACCCAUGUGGCUACUCAAUGAACGGCGUUGAUGGUGAUCGUUACUCCACCGUCCACGUCACCCCGGAAGACGGUUACAGCUACGCUAGCUUCGAAUGCGUGGGGGCGAUUUACGACGAUCACCAUGACAAUAUAGACAAGAUGUUGAAGAAAGUGGUACAAGUUUUCAAGCCUGCAACUUUCUCUGUGUCCACAACAUGCAGUAUCGACCAUGAUGUGUGGACCCACGUAGCUCAUGCAGUAGAGCCACUAGGUUGGAAAUGCCGGAGUUGUGUAAUGGACAAGUUUCCAGCGGCCGGAAGUGUCGUGUUUCAGACGUUCACGGUGGGUCGCCGGAAGUUGAAGAUGAAAAAAUAAAUAUUUAGUGCCCGGGGGCGGGGCAGAGCGCGACUAGGGUUUAAUUUGACAACAAUACUUAAAUGUGCUAAACUUUUAAAUUUCCUUAUUAAAAAGAUUAAAUUUCUAUUGAAGUUACCUGA